GGCCUCCGCUGCAAGGCAGACGCAUUCGGCUCCUCGUUUCUCUCUCCUCUCUUCGUUCCCGCGCGGAGAGGGAGAGGGAGAAACAGGGGAGCGGCGGCCCCCUCCUCUUCCCUGCCACGGUUUCUUGCGGAUUAUUUCUACCCUAUUUUAUUCAGGAUUUCCGGUUGGAUCCUCCUAUGGGGAAAUUUUAACUUCUGCUGCAACCGGUGGUGCAAUUAAUCAGCCAUUCACGCAUUGUGCUGUUCAUUGAGGCAUUAUCGGUGUGGUUCAUUGAGAAAGCGCCUGUAUGCGAAUUUUCAUGUAAAAAGAGCUGAUCAGACAUGGCUGCGAAGGACGGCUCAGGGUCACAGGACCAGGGGCACAGGUUGUGGCCCAUGCUGUCCUACGCUUGCGGCGAGCUAUGUGUGAUCAUGCUGCUCUACGUGGCUGCCUUUGCAUCCCAUGCAGCCACAAGGCUGGCGCGCAUCUGCGGGCUCAGGCCACCAUGCAUCCUGUGCACGAGGCUGGACCGCGCCCUCCAUGGAAACUUGCCAUGGUUCUCCGCGGACCUGGUCUGUUCCGUGCAUCGGUCCGAGGUCUCGUCUCUGGCUCACUGCAAGAGCCAUGGCCGGCUUGCACGGUCCGGCGAUCUCUGCAAAUCAUGCCUCCUUUCAUGCACGGCGGUAGGUGCCCGUGAGGAGGUGGUGAACUCUCGGCCUACGACAUCCAGCAGCAGGUUGUGUUCUUGCUGUUCUGAUCCGUUCAAGAAUAAUACUGGCGACACGCAGAGGCAUUCUGGAGCAGCCAAUGCUGUGGUGUCUUGGGAUAGUGUACCUGCAGACCAUCCAAAUGAGAAGACUUCUGUGGUGGGCAUUGAGGAAGUCCAAGAAUCUGACGGUCCUACAAAGGACAGCGCCGCCCCUUCUGCGAAUGGUGGGGCAGCGAAGAGCAACCACAGAUCGGCCGCGCCGACACGCAUUGCUGUGGACAGCAACGGCAGUGUAAAAAAUGCCUCCGUCGUUGCAAGGGCCAACUUGACGUCGCCUCGGCCGUCAGAAAUUAUCUCUGCCAGGGACAGCAGUUCAACGACGCAGCAAGAGGUGAAGGCGCUCCUUUCUCAGAUGUCCUAUGCGCGGGGCGGCCUCGACAGUUCUUCGAUUGAAGGAUCUCCUGACGCUCCGAACGAAGAAAGCAACGCUACGAGCAACAAGAGCCCGUAUCUCGAGAGGAACUAUUGUGUGCUGGAACCUUCAGACGGGAGCCUCGCUGACGAUGUCGAAGGGGGAAGCUCUCUCGAGAACGUAAAGAGACAGCUUGAGCUCAACAGGAAGGCCAUGGCUGCUCUACACAAAGAGCUUGAGGAAGAACGGAGCGCGUCGGCAGUUGCGGCUAGCCAGACGAUGGCCAUGAUCAAUAGGUUGCAGGAGGAGAAGGCCGCGAUGCAGAUGGAAGCACUGCAGCACCUGAGGAUGAUGGAACAGCAGGCUGACCACGACCACCUAGCGAUACAGGAUCUGCAUGAUUUGCUCACAGAGAGGGAGAAAGAAUUGCUCGACUUGGACGCUGAACUUGCACACUGCAGGAGGCUCCUGCAGAACGACGAUCCGUUCAAUGGCGACAGAUUUGAUGGCACUGAUUAUACAACGAACAACAACACGGAUUUUGUGGGGAGCGCCAUGUCCCAUUUUGAAGACGACAAGGCAUACAUUUUGGAAUCCUUGAGCAGACUGGAGGAAAAUCUUGGCAUUUCCACAAUCAGACUUGCUUCUGGUGACGCCAGAAAUUGUCAAGAAGACAUACUGUUUGAAGAUCAGGCAAGAGCUGAUGCAUCGCCUUCCAGCUGUGACGAGUCGAGUGGUGUAGCAAGCCUUAAAAUUCAGAUUUCUCUGUUGAAUAUAAGACUGAGGGCACUUGAAGAGGAUCAGGAGUUCCUCAAUCAGGUAUUGAGUUCGCUCCAAUGUGGUAGUGAUGGGCUGCAGUGUAUACAGGAGAUAAGCAGGCACUUAGCAGAGUUGCGAAGAGUUGUGGCUCACUAAAAUGAAAAUGGUUUUGCCCCGAGUUCACACUUUUUGGCCGUCAUGAGGUUCUCCUUUGUAACGGCAAACCUAUUUGCAGUCAUCUAGAUAGCAGGCUGCUUUCAGACGAAGAAGAACAGGAGCUGCAGAUCCUUCCUGUGCCUUCUGACAUACACGUCUGCAUACAUGGAUAUGAUCACCGUCAUCUUCGUAGCAAUGCUCUUCUCUGGGGACUUCGUAUCAGUCUGCUGUGCAGUUGGGUUCUUCACCCUAUGGACUUUGUGCUGCCUGCAAUGGCACUUAUCAAGACAAACGAUGACUGAUAACCUAGGGUUGCAGUGUGCUGUGAAGAUGCUCCGCUCUGCUGUCGCAAUCUUCUUCUUGGUCAUAGGUGCCCUUGCAUGCAUCGGCGUCAAAACCUGCAAGUUCUUCCAUGAUAUGUGAUGUGAUGAACUGAUGAUGGUUUUGCAGCACCAAGUUACCUUGUGCGACAUAGCAACAAAGUGUACCGAUGCAACCUCUUGCAACUGCAGGUUCUCAUCAGACAAUGCGCCCUUAAGCUCAUCAGCGUCAACUAGGACACACCACGAAGCUCAUCAACACCAAGGAUGAAAUCCUCAUGUCUAGUUUGAAAACAUAAGGGUACGUUUGUGAGGAAGGGGAUUGAGGAGGAUAAAAUCCUCUUGCUAUUCAAAUUUGAAUAGGAAUGUGCCCUUCUAAUCUUUUCUCCCAAACAACCCCAAACUCCCCUUGGGAUUCCCCUCAUUUCCUAGAGUUUGUAAACCCUUCAAGUGACAUUUGAAUAAAAUAUUUAGUAAUUUGUGGCA